CUGAUGUGAGGAAAGGCUGAAGUGAAAACAACCGUGGUCAGGGUGGGACUCUGAAGGCCGACGGCUUCUCGUUUCCUCACAGGAUUCCCGUACCUAAUUACUUCAAGAUCCCUGGCCACAUGUACGUUUUAAAGUAAUCAAUCGAUUUCGGGUGGAUAUUCGUGGAAAGCUGGGAGAAGUUAGAUCAGAAAUCCGUGUGAAAAUCGAGUUAAAAAAAAGCAGACAUGGAUGAAAAGGCGUUCACGAAAGAGCUGGAUCAAUGGAUCGAACAGCUCAACGAGUGCAAACAGCUCUCAGAAAGCCAAGUCAAGAGCCUCUGUGAGAAGGCUAAAGAAAUCCUGACCAAGGAGUCUAACGUGCAGGAGGUGAGAUGUCCGGUCACGGUGUGCGGAGACGUUCACGGCCAGUUUCAUGACCUCAUGGAGCUCUUCAGAAUCGGAGGAAAGUCACCUGACACGAACUACCUGUUCAUGGGAGAUUACGUGGACCGAGGCUAUUACUCUGUGGAAACCGUCACGCUGCUCGUCGCUCUCAAGGUACGGUACCGCGAGCGCAUCACAAUACUCCGAGGGAACCACGAAAGCAGACAGAUCACACAAGUGUACGGCUUCUACGACGAGUGCUUACGGAAAUACGGCAAUGCAAAUGUUUGGAAAUACUUCACAGACCUCUUCGAUUACCUUCCCCUCACUGCCUUGGUAGAUGGUCAGAUAUUCUGUCUCCAUGGAGGAUUGUCACCGUCCAUAGACACUCUCGAUCACAUCAGAGCGCUGGAUCGUUUACAGGAAGUUCCUCACGAGGGACCCAUGUGUGAUCUACUGUGGUCUGACCCGGAUGACCGCGGAGGCUGGGGUAUUUCUCCUCGAGGUGCGGGAUACACUUUCGGGCAGGACAUCUCCGAGACGUUCAACCAUGCAAACGGCCUUACACUGGUCUCUCGAGCGCACCAGCUGGUGAUGGAGGGUUACAACUGGUGCCAUGAUCGCAACGUGGUGACGAUCUUCAGCGCGCCGAACUACUGUUACCGCUGUGGCAAUCAGGCGGCCAUCAUGGAGCUCGACGACACCCUGAAGUACUCGUUCCUGCAGUUUGACCCGGCGCCGCGCAGAGGAGAACCACACGUCACCCGCCGAACCCCCGACUACUUCCUGUGAAUCUCACAGUAUUGCCAUGAUAUAAUAACCUUCAUUCAGUUUAAAAUAAGAGGAGAGGAAUGGUGGGCAACAGUAUAUAUAUAUUAAAAAAAGAUUAAAGAGAAAACUGAUCCAGAAAGAAAUGUCUGUGGACCAAAAGGUGUGUGUGUGUGUGUGUGCCAUAUCCAAACCGACCCGGCUCCAGUCCGACACACGACGUCUCGCUUCUGUCCUCAAUACACUCACGCCUUCUCAACCCUCUGUUUCUCUCUCUCUCUCUCUCUUUUUUUUUAUAUAUGUAUGUUUGCACUUUUUUUUCUUCCACACACGUCAGUUUUUCUCCUUAUUUCCACCUUUUCCAUGUGGUGUGGGGGAAAUAAGAUGCUCCAGUAUCUAGAGGAUGAUCUUGCCUACGGUGAAACUUCUUAAACAAAUGCCAACUACUUGAUUUGUGGCUGAUUAGGAUGGCCUGCCGUCGGAGGAAUGCUGGGAUAGCUUCAGAUGAUGGCUUGUGUCUGUAUAAAGGGUACCAGUUCAACAAUAAAGAUGGAUCUUGCUCCUGU